AUGGCCAAUCCCACACUCAACUUUAUUACCUUUAACCAGGAUCACAGCUGCCUAGCCGUUGGAACAUCCAAGGGCUUUCGAAUCUAUCACACCGACCCAUUCUCGCGAAUAUUCAGCAGCGAUGACGGCAACAUCGCCAUCAUCGAGAUGCUCUUCUCGACUUCUCUUGUCGCCCUCAUCCUCUCCCCCCGCCACCUAAUCAUCCAGAACACCAAGAGAGCCUCCGUCAUCUGCGAAUUAACCUUCCCGUCCGCCGUCCUAGCUGUGCGAUUGAACCGAAAGCGCCUCGCUGUUGUUCUUGAGGAGGAAAUUUAUCUUUACGACAUUAGCAACAUGAGCCUCCUGCACACCAUCGCCACAUCCCCCAACCCCUCAGCCAUCUGUGCUCUGUCGCCCUCAUCCGAGAACUGUUUCAUCGCAUAUCCGCUCCCAAAACCGCGGGAAGAUGCAGAUUCCAGGCGGCCUGCUCACGCCCCUCCCCAGUCUACCUUUGUUCCCCCGACGUCGGGCGAAGUUCUCGUUUUCGAUACCUUGACUCUGAAGGCUGUCAAUGUCAUCGAGGCCCAUCGGUCACCUUUGUGUUGUAUAUGUCUCAAUAAUGAGGGCACUCUACUCGCCACAGCCAGCGAGACAGGAACCAUCAUUCGCGUUUUCUCUGUGCCGAGAGGCCAGAAGCUCUAUCAGUUCCGGCGUGGGACCUACCCAUCCACCAUCUACAGCAUGUCAUUCAACCUCAGCUCUACCCUUCUCUGUAUCUCCUCUACAUCCGACACGGUCCACAUCUUCCGUCUUGGAGCUCCUCCAGGUAAUACAACCCCAGCCGGCGCGCCUAUUGAGUCUCCCACCUCUCCACGACAGGACAGAUGGUCACGAGCUCGAAGCCACGAAGACUCUGAGUCACCAGGGAACAGUGCGGCCGACUCUCCUAAAAGUGACGGGGCUGAUAAGACCGGGACUGGAGACGGUAACAACAGUGCAGGCCAUCGCAGGCAGAGCGGCUCCUUCAGCAGCAUGCUGCGUCGCUCAUCUCAGCUUAUGGGUCGCGGGGUUGCCGGGGUUGUGGGUUCAUAUCUACCCCAAUCCGUCACCGAGAUGUGGGAACCAUUAAGGGACUUUGCUUACAUCAAGAUACCCAAGUCGACAGCGCCGUCAGGCCCUUCGCGGACCGCGGGAGAAUCACCAGCUGGCCCAUUGCGCAGUGUCGUAGCUAUGAGCAGUAGCAGCCCCCAAGUCAUGGUCGUUACUAGCGACGGCGGCUUCUAUGUCUAUAACAUCGAUAUGGAACAUGGCGGGGAGGGUUACUUGGUCAAGCAGUUUUCGUAA